AUGACACGUUUAACUCUCCUGCUAUGUUGUGCGGUCUUUUAUGCCGCGUCUGCCAGAGCGGAUGGUUGUACAACUUUCUCGAUCAACGGGUCCUACGCCAACUCUUUCCAAUAUUACCGCUUCUACGAUUUUCGUAGCCUCCAGGAAACAAUUAUAGAGCAAAAUAACGCAUUUCGCUGGGAUCCUCAAGUCCAAAGUCUUUCCGUUAAUGACUCAUCGUGGAGUCGCGAUUGGGAAAUCAGGGAGCAGGCCAAAGCAGUGACUGGGGAGGACACAAUUUCAUGGAACUAUACGGCUUCUAAUGUAAAAAUUGUUAGAAGCGAUGAUUCUUUGAAGGAGCCCACCACGUACCUCACCCUCUCAGCUACCAGACACUCUUCCCAACUGGCAGCCGAAAUCGAUUUCGCGCAGAAGAGCAUCCUCUACGCUUCCAUUCGGGCGUCAGUCCGCGUAAAUGGGGCCUCAGGAGCUGUUGCGGGGAUCUUCACAUAUCACAAUGACACUUCCGAGUCUGACAUUGAGAUUUUGACACGGGAUCCAGGAAACAACGUUCACUAUUCGAAUCAACCCACCACUGACUCUGCCAACAAAAUCAAUCCUGGUUCAUCAUACAACGUCUCGAUGAAAGCGGGCAGGCAGUGGUCAGCCUGGACAACACAUCGCCUUGAUUGGGUACCUGGUCAUAGCGCUUGGUAUGUUGAUGGUGAGAUGGCGGCGAGCACGAAUAUCAAUGUGCCAGAUGCUCCGAGUGCGAUCAUUUUAAAUAUGUGGAGCAAUGGGGGGCAGUGGGCUGGGAGAAUGCCGAACGGAACGGAGGCAAGGCUGGAUGUAAUGUGGAUUGAGAUGGCGUUCAACACCUCAACGCAACGCGACAGCCCUUCGGGGUCUACGGAGAUUAGAUGCUCCGUCGAUAAAGCUGUGGGAAGGCCUACUGUGUCGGCGGGCAUUGCGAGUGGACGGAAUGGCCUUGAAUUUUGUUUACUGCUGCCUCUAAUUUUGGCAACUUGGUUAUUUUGUGACUUGAUAAACUAA